GGGCAUCGUUUUUGCAGCACGCGCAGAGAGAUCUGGGUCGUUUUUCUUCGGGGCGGGGCGUGUGUCUGUCGGAGAGUUGUUCCUUUCUUUCCGUUUCUUUCUGGAUAUUCGUCUGCUCUCUCGCGACCUCUUCGACGCGAUGGUGAAGCUUUUGAAGUCCGGCCGCGUCGUGGUCGUCCUCAACGGACGCCACGCCGGAAAGAAGGGCGUUGUCGUCAACACCUGGGAGGGCAGCAAAGAACGCCAGUUCGCCUUCUGCCUCGUGGCUGGAAUUGAGAAGGCGCCUCUCAAGGUCCACAAGAAGAUGCCCGCGAAGAAAAUCGAGAAACGCAUGCGCGUCAAGCCCUUCCUCAAGUACAUCAAUGUCAACCACCUGAUGCCGACCAGAUACACGGUCAGCAGCGACAUGGACGUAAAGACCAUGGUGCCUGAAGAUGCCAUGAGAACCGUUGACGACCGCAAGGCAGCGAAGAAGGGUCUGAAGAAGAUCUUCUACGAGAAGUUCACCAACCCCGUCAACGAGAAGGUCGGGAAGGUCAGCAAGGACUUGCUCUUCCUGCGAAAGAAGCUCCGCUUCUAGAGGGAGUUUGCAUCUGCUUCGGUCUCUCGUCUCUGUCCUACGAAGUCUUUGGUCUGUCUGUGCCUACCGGUCUCUAGAGAAACUCAGGCUCGUCCCUCUCGUCUGCCGUUUUCUUGCUCCAGCCGUCUCGCGCGCAUGCAGAGGAACGAGGCGCCGAAGGCGGAGAGGGUGUGAAUCGAGAACAGCGAGAAGGCGGGAGUGUGCUGUGUUCUUCGCCCCCUCUGCGUCUCGUGAACGUGUCUCGUUAGAGCUCUCGUUUUUCUAAGCACCCAACUCAACUCGCCUGCGGAUCUCUUGCUUGGUCCUUGUUGAAGUCUCACUGAGCGAAAGCGCGACAAACGGUUGCUUUGAAAAGCAACGUCGGCGGGCGAAGUUACAAGCCCUGUAUCCGGUGCAAAGCACACACUGCGGUUGUCGGUAGAGAGAUGAAUAGUGGUUGUGCCUUCUUCAACUCGUGUGCGAGUUUCUCCAAAAGGUAAGAUGUCGCAGAAACCGAUGCACGGUUUUCUUUUGUUUCCGACGGAAAAGACCGACGUGCGAAAGUCCCUCCGUUGCUCUGCUGGUCGUUGUGUCACGGUCGUCGCGUUUUUCGGUGUUUUAUUUGUCCGAAUGCGUUUUUUUGCCCAGUUCAGGAGAUUCGUUCUCCAGCAGUGUCUGUUUCUGUCCUGGGAAAACUCACCGUUUCUUGAUCAGGAUUCUUAUGCACCUACCACGUGUCUCAAUGGCGGUCCUCAGAAAAACUCGCCUCGUGAUUAGCUCUUGCGUGUACAGUGUGUUUCCUUCGCGCGUCCUGGUGAUCCAUACUCCGGCUGAAGCGGCGACGUCUUUGCACUGGCUUCUCCCUUGCUGAGAAGACCUUGUGUAUUUGCGUGUGAAGCUGCGUCUGUGGUCGGCAGUCACUGUGGUGGACGCAGAGCAAGUCGAUGUGGGUCUGGGAAAACCACGGCGAAACGGCCCCUCCGGAUUUUCGUUGCAUCUCGAGAUCUCGAGCUCUGCGGCGAAUCUGCGGUCGCGUGCUGCUCGCUUUUCCUGUUGACCCAGUCGACAAGUCAGAGGAAGGUCUUGGGCCGCAGUGUAUGGUGGAUGGUCGCGUUCAAGCGCUGUCUCUCCUCUGCGAUUCGAAGCUUCUUUUGACCACAAUCCGUUCUCUGAGGCAAGCAAAGGAAACGCGUCAAGAAUUGUGGUUUCAAAUUGCCCCGUCUGAGUAAGAGUGUUCUCAUGCGCGACGGUCGAUGUCCGGGUGUUUGUUUCAUCGACAGACGCAGCGUGACGGAUCGCAAAGUUUGCACAUAUCUCAAGAUGCCGUGGCUCGCGCAUGUGGACAGUUUUGGCCACUAGUCGCGUAUGCGUCAUCCUAGUCCAUGUGCUAGAGGAACGCCUUCUCUGCAGAGUUGUUAAGAACGUUCAUUCUUUUCUAUCUUUCAAGUGAAGGCAACAGAUGCGCUCAAGGGGUUUCCCAGCACACGAGACCGGUCAAAUGUAACGCUGUGUGGAGAAUGCUUAGACGUUGCCUGCUUUCUGAAAAGACGUGGUUCCAGGUGUCGAGUGCGCAUGUCUUACCGGUGAGAAGAAGGCAGUCCAGAGGAUGAUUGGCGAAACGCAUGAGACCUCCUGUUGUCCUGCAUACAAGAACCCAUGCGGGAGCCAGGAGAUAUCGCUGAAUAUCAUGUGCGACGUGGCUGACGGCUGGCCUUUCUCACGAGUGUCCGCUCUAUUUCAGUUCAAGACUUUGUUAAUGUGGUUUCGUGUGAGUGUGUGGACAACGGAGCAAUUCAUGUCUUUCGAGGAAGUCGCGUGUCCAGUGUGUUCGCAUGCCUGUGUGAAUCUUGCGCAUGUGUGUUGCUCUAAGUAAGAGCCCAUUGUGAAAUUAGGGGCUUUCGAGAGACACCAAGUUAGAUGUCGCAUUUGAGUUGACACAACUUACGAAUAGAGACUGAAGCUUAUGGUAGCGAAGUACUUUCCGGUUGCUUAGAUGCGGUCAGAGCGUAGUUCUAGGCUAGGAUAUCUUUCUCAGAGUUUAGGUGUUGCUGUAUGUGUUACUCGUGAUUCAUCCCCAAAUCAGCUGUUGAGCACAGCAGAUUUGUCAGGAAAGAAAGGCGAGUUGGGAGAGACCCUGGCGCAGCGACGCACUGCGGGCGUUCGGCAGAUGCUGAUGAUCAUUUCAGAUAGUAGAUUCUGAAAGGCCCCUUGUUGUCCUGCAUACCUGAACCCAUGUGGGAGCCAAGGGAUGCCGCUGAAGAAAGUAUUUUGUGUCUGAUUCGGCCGGAACGCCUCAGGUGCCUCGCGCAGCACAGUAUCCAAGAUAUUUUUUUCCAGGUGUCACUCGCGAUGCCGAAGAAAAUUGUGUCUCGCUCGUUUGGUAACGAGGAUCCUUCGUAAACGUAGUUGAAAAGAUAAUAUGCAAGACUCAAGUCUUACUGGAUCGCUGAUUAGUACGGACCCAGAGGUCUUUGGUUUUUGAGGUACAUUUUUUAUGCGCAAGUGACAUUUUGAUAUCUCUCAUACACGUCUGGACUAACACCACCUGUACCGGAAGGACGGCAUUGAAAGACACUCGGGUUUCGAACGAAUCUCGUAUACAGUUUAGUCGAUUUGCACGCGGUUUUGAAAUGCCCCGUUUCCUUGGGGUGACUUUUGUUCGUGAAGAACUCUCGAUGCGGUUGACAACGCAAGUGCCGCGAAAACGAACGGUUUGCUGAAAGUGUCUUGCCGAUGUUCACGUGCUCAAUUGUUGACUGGUGCUGUCAUUGAAUAAAGAGGAACUGCAGUGUCUGCUACAACCAAGUCCAGGGGGUCAUGCUUCCACGCGUUCAUCUCGUCGAAGUCAUGUCUCUGGUGACGUAUCAGUAACGAAAUAAGGAGAAUACCAGGUGCGAGCAGGAGUCCAUCCUCAGAAGUGUCUCCUGACAUGCUGUGUACUGGAUGGAUGAAGAAUCCCAAAACUUUCUCAAGAGUGCUUCAUGUG